CGUUUUUGCGAGACGUGACAGCCCCAGAGUGCGAGGGAUUGCGCGCGCGCGGAGGCGUCGAGCAGACGCGAGAAACGAGGGCGCCUUCAGUCGCAUGCGUGGUCAUUUGCGUGUCUCGCGCGUAUCGCUCUCUAUACGGACUAAGAAAAAAGAGAGACUGCUCGUAGUCUAUGAUAGCUCAUGGUCCAUUAUAUUUUUUUGUUUAUUUGUUUGUUUUGCAAUGUAACAAAUAGUAAAAGAAAAGUUCGGGCCAUCUUUCAGUGGGUUCUCAUCCACUCAGUGUCACUCGCGCGAGCUACAUGUAUAAUAAGUAAAAGAGGAUUCCUCGUUAUUUUCUCACAGCGUACACCAUUUAUUAUAUAACCUUUCACGGACUGCAUGACCAAGAAGAAGCCGGCAAAACUGAUACCUGUUUGAAGUUAAACUUGCAUAUUUGUUUUUAAGUUGUUUUCUUGUUGAGUUACCGCAUACUUAAACUUGUCGUUUAAUUUCCCUUUUUCAGCUUCAAAAAUUCAAGUAUUUUGCUGAUGAUGUCACUAAGCUGGACAAAGCAGACCAAUUUUGUUACGAGGUAACUAUUGCUUUUUCAUCUUUAAGUUUGUCUCUCACAACUGAUAUAUAAACAGAAGCAAACAUUUUAUCGUUGCUAGUUUUCCAUGUAUGGAGUAUACAAAGACGCACUGACGUCAGGCUAGUCAUUGUAGAUAACGAUCCAACCAUGAAUGUAAAACUGUACGUAAGGUUGGCUGGGUUCUUCUGGUCAUUUUGAACCCGAAAAACGGUUACAGUGUCUCGUAAUGAUUUUUAAGAGAGAAUUGUUUCACCUUGCUUUUGAUUUAUUGCAGAUGAGUAAAGUUCCUUGGUAUAAACAAAGACUGAAAGCGUUAUUAUUCAAGGCGCGUUUCGCUGACAAAGUGGAAGAAAUCAAGCCGGUAGGAAUAUUAACGAAAUAAGAAUCUACUUUGUAACCAGCUUUGUAAACCCUUGAACCUUCUGUUUUUCCAAUUGUCGUUCCCUUUAAAGUGCAACUAAGUGCAAUAAAAACAAUGCCCGCUCGGCGCUGGAGAUGAAGUUGGGUAGAGUGGCGAUUAGUCCCCCGAUCUGGGUGUCCCGCAGACUAAUCACUAGCACGCUAGACAUGUAAAAGUAGUUCAUUUUUUUAAGGCACAAGUCGAGACAAGCACCGCGCACAUUUAACAUCCUUGGGCGGCCGUUUAACGAAAUUGUGCAACCGAUGCAAUAUCUGUGAACACUACGGGUUCUUCAGUACUGAAAGCAAGAAAGAAUUUGACUUAACCUGUCUACUACUGUCUUUUCUCUUUUCAACCGUAGGUACCGCAUUCGAUAUGACUUUGUUUCAAUGAACAAAGCAAUAAUAUGUUAAAAGUUGGUGCUUAGGCAUUCGCAGCAUUUUCUGCGUCGUACAUUAAUAUUCUUUGUUGGAUUUCUUUCUGUCUGUGCAGGAUCUUGAGGCCGUUCUCGAGGCUUCAGAAGAAUUAAGAAAGAGUCCAAAACUGAAAAAAAUUCUUGAGGUACGUGUGAAGUAUCUUUUGGCGGGCAGAUGAUUUUCAAAACGCUUUGCGCGUUGGCUACCCGUUUAAACACGGACCCUGCUUCAAUUUUUCAAAUUUUGACCACUCUUGGUAAAUGUGCAGUGAAACAUUUGCUUUGGGACACCUUUACUCAAGGCACACAAAAUUUGGCCCCGAAAAAAAUGUUCACAUACUCUGUAAUCUUUGUAUCUGUUACCUCUCUUGAAGGGGCACCUCUACUCAGGGGAAAGGAAAACUUUUUCUGGUCCCGAAACCCAGGUUUAACCUCCAUUAGCACACAAAACGUAACUGUUCUUAAAGAGGGUUGAAAACUUUAAGUGCAAACUCAAAUCACAAUGAUGUCAGCUUUCACAAACUGAAUUAUCUCGCUUAAAUUCAUUUUCUUUGGAAAUUCAACACUUAAUAUCGCCGAGACAAGUUUAUCAUGAUUUAUUUUUACAUUAUGUAGCUGCGUUUAAUGACUGCAGCAGAUUCAGAGGCAGAAUAAAAAAAUGAAAAUAUUACCUUUGUUGAGACGUAAUGCGAUCAACAUGUCACGAGCACGGGACCAAGAAAAAACUCUGAGUCCCCGACAGGAAUUGAACCUAUGAGCUCGCGUACACCGGUCGGAUGCUCUAACCACUGAGCUACGAAGGACUCGAGGCGAGCUGUUCAUCUGUGACAUGCGUCCUGCGUACUGCUAGGAUCAGCAAUGUCGAAAUCGUCAUGUCUGUGAUAAAUAAAGAAAAAUGGUAAAUAUGAACAAACCCCAAUCCAACCUCUCUUCAGGUAGCCUCCCACGCAGACGUGCUUAGGGGGGACAUUUGCGUUGAUCCCGAGGGUGUCCCUUGAAUAGAGGUUCCUUUGUAAUAACUUGCGAAACAUGGAGAAAAAAACGAACAGAAGGGAAGGGAGGGUAAUGCUUAUUUAAUUCUAAGAUGUACAAGGAUUUCUUAUUACCCGACUGCGGAAGAGGUCCGUAACCAUUUUCAUGAAUAAGUGUAAAUGUAACGUUAUUUAGUAAUUGUUGUUUGUCAUUUUAGUUGGUUUUAAAAAUGGGUAAUUACAUGAAUAAAGGAAACAUGAGAAUAGGAUCCGCUUCUGCUUUCAAGAUUGACUAUCUGAACAAGGUAAGUUGGUCCACAGUUUUACAUGUAUACUGAUUUCCCCUUUGAGGGGAGUAGUAACAACAAUUAACUUAAACAUUUCCCCUAAUGAGCAGAAAUCAAUGUGUGUUUGCAUUUUUAGUUGACAAUGACCACGUACGAAUCCUGUAAGUUUCUGUGAGUAAACCUGUCUAGCCAAAGCAGACAAACAUUACAACGCGGACACGAAGCUUAACCUGGCUAGGCGGUCCUUCCCUUUAUGUCCGCCGACUCUGAAAAAAUUGAGAACGCCUGGUCGCAGGUUAACACGAAGCUAGGCAUUAUGGUGAAGAUGAGUUCGAACCACUUAAGUUAAAUUCAGAAAAACAUUGGACAUUUUUGUGUGGCGUAAGUUUUUGUUUUAUUCUUUCUCCAGAAUAGACGGAUUUGUCUUGAUUUUUUCGCUAUUGAACUGAAACUGUAAGGCCGCCAUGUCGUGAGCUAUGGUUCAUGGCAAAGGUAGAAAUGAAUUAAAACUACAAACUACUGGAGCAACUUUAACAAGCCGGUUCAGUAAUUUUUGAUCGAGAAACAAUUAGUUUCAUGUGAAGAUAGUACUAUAGAGGUUUUUUUGAAUGGAUAUGCUAUAGGAUUUCCUACACGGUGUGACCGUAAUGAGUGAAACAGCGAUUUAAGCGGUAAAAUGUAAAUGGCUUCUGUUUUGUUCUCUCCAUAAUGUAGCUUAGUAAUACCAAAACUUCAGACAACAAGUCAACUCUUCUUCACUUUUUGGUUCAAACAAUCGAAUCCAAAUGCCCUGAGGUUUUAAACAUUAAGGAUGAAAUACCAUCAGUGCAAACUGCAGCCAAAGGUAUGAAUUCUCUUCUGUGUUGUCUAGAAUAAAAUUUUGUUGUAACUGUAUACGAACCGUCUUCACUGGAUUGCUGUAUUUUAUUAUAAAUAAGAAGGUUAUACGAUAAAAACGCAGGUAGCUGACGAAGUAAGGGGAAGAUUUGUUAAAGUUGUCAGGUCAGCGUCCUUGCUGCAAUGGCGAAUCUCCCCUUUUAACAAUUUUUGUACUUUCCCAUGUGCGAACUCGCAAACUAAGUAUUCCUAUUCCAACAAACGUAUAUACUAUUUAGCAUUCUGAUUUUAGGACCGCCGGAACUAUACGGAAAAGUAUUCCGUUCUGUUCUGUGACAAUACAGUUGCUCUGCUUUCAGUCCUUUACAGGUUGCUUUUGCCUGAAAUGUAACACAGCCAGGUUUUUAAACCAGGAAAUUAGCUGCUGCAUGUGAUUUAAAUUGCUACUUUUAUAUCUUUUUAUUUUUGGGGUCCGCUGUAAUUGGCUUUAGCUGUUGCGGUGUCCCUGCCCUAAUAUUUAAGUUAUUAUUAGUGUAUUGUUACGUUCUUAUUACUAGCCUUUGCAUAUCUACAGUGCUUUUUUUUUGUAUUCUUCAGGGCAAAGCUAAUAAAAUAAAAUGAAAAAUUUGUUGUGAGGGAAAGAUGCUUUCAUUUAUUCAUUUGUUUAUUUUCUUAAGUCGUGGCUGACAUUUGUGACUAUUUAUGUUAGUUUCAGGACAAAUGGUGUCUUGUGAAGUAGAGGAAUUAUCGGGCGGAAUGAAGGUUUGUGUGUUUAGUUUUGCAUGCAUUUCAUCUUGAAGAGGUUUUCACCACGCAAGUGUCGUCAAUACGUGUGCAAUCACAGGAUAACAAUUCCUCAUUGUUUUUGAAGUCUCAAUAUUUCGCCACACUUCGCUAUUUUGUUGGCUAACGGGCAUUUUGAGGAUGGUCUGUCACGUGGUACAAUGACGUGACUGCUGCGACGGAACAAAAAAAGGAAAUUACCAUUUUUAUGAUCUGAGCUCUUUUUUUUCCCAGUCUGGUCCUUGCGUUUCAUCGCGGCGGUUUUGUACUACGUGACUGGCCGUCUGCAAAGAAUCCAUUCAUGGCAUUUCCAAAUCGUCCUUAUGUAUGUAAGGACGAUGGCUCAGUUUCUGGAGUUGUUAACUCUUGUGACCCAUGAUAUUUAUUGCUGUUUUGUAGGAGUUACAGUCUGACCUUGGAGCCUUCAGAUCGCUCAAGUCUCAGGAUCCCAAUGAUCGCUUUUCACAGGCAGUUAAAGUAUGUGUUCAUUCCAUUUAUUGUUUUAUCAUUUCAAGGUCAGGUAUCUCUCUUUCUUUAUAAGAAUAUAUUUUAUAAGAAUGUCGAGGCUGAAAUCUACGAAAUUUUAAGAACGUUAUAAGAAUAAACCCGGGACGCGAACUUCUUGUGUCAAUGAUUCAUAGAAUGCCCUCCCGUCUUGCUUAAGACGCGCGAAGUUAAGACGAAAUUUUUUAUUUUCGAUUUAUUAAUGGCACAGUUCGUGUGUUAUUUGAGACACGCCUUAUGUAAGACGCUUCUUAAUUUUUCCCGUUUCAGCGGCCCUAUUAUGUUAAGUCAGUGGGUACUGAAACCUUUUCUUUUGAUCUUGAUCUUUCAGAGUAUAAUCGAUGACACUGAAGGUGAACUGAACGAGCUGCUAAGUUUACAAGAGAAAUCAAGAAGUGAGUUCCGUGAAACGGUGAAAUUCUUCGGAGAGAAAGAAACUACCGCAACCACGGAAGAAUUCUUCGGCAUUUUUGCCGCUUUUAUUAUGAAUUUUGAGGUGAGUGACCAUUGCGUCUCUUUCACUAUUAAAAUCUUUGACAGCUCGUUCAGCAUGAUGGUGACUGUUCUUUCAGUUUUAAGGUAGCAUGUAGGUCUGUCUUUCUGAAGGUGAAUGAACUCUUGGCGGAAAGGCAACUUGAGAGUCUGAGGGAAGAAAGCUGAUAGCUUUCAUAAUAGUGGUAAAGAUGAUUGACAUGCUAGAGAGUAUAGGACUGAGGGGAAGAAGGAUGGGUGGGGUUUCUCCGCCGCUUACUUAUACACAUUGCGUUGUUUGGGAUGGAGCAUUCUUCCUGUUUGUUACAUCCCGACGGACAGACCAACGUUUUACGGAAAAAAGAAACAAAGAAACAAAAGUCCAUGAGAACAUUAAAUUAGUGAAAAGACCUUGCUAACAUCGACAAAUUGUUUCGGUGUGGUCAGAUUUCUACGAAUCAAUCUUUCCUUACAUUUUGCUUUAGCAGAUCUGAUUUACUACCAUAAAUUCAGUGUUGAAUCAUCUAAAACUUGUUUAACACCUUGUCAACAAAGCACAUGGUAAAUAAGUGUUGAGCUGUGAUGUUAUCUUAUUCUGCAGAAGGCGCAUGCUGAAAAUGUCACCAAGUUGAAACUGAAGGCAGAGCAGGCAAAGAGAGAGCAACAGAAACAGGUUUGCAUUUUUUUUUUUCUGUUUAUGAAUCAUAAUCUCGCCCUUUAAAGGCGCGAUAGUCAGCAGUUAUUGGAUGAGAAUGAGCAUGAUAGAGAUAGUUAUUAAGGCUAAGGUCGUAUUAUGUGCCUAAGCCUAAGUCUGAGGCGGAUAACGCAAGUUGCCCUCAGUGAUAAUUCUCGUUGUCAUGCGAAAACGAAAACCAGUAAACGCUUUAUAAGGCACUUAUACGAGCAUAUGUUAACCAGAACGUUCACAAGAAACAUACACAUCAAACGACACAUCAAGUUGCUCCCAACGUUUUAAAGCGUUAAACCUCUUGUCCACUUUUGUUCGCUAUGAAAAUUUCAAUCAAUUACCUUCGCAUAUUGAUUAACAAAAAGCUUUUUUCUGAUCGACUUAGGAACGUGCAAGGCAGAGGAAGAUUUCCAUGGAACGCAGUAUGAGUGCCCCAGUUAUGGAAUCUAAGCAAGAAUUAAGAAAAGCUGUUGAGGCAGUGACACGUAAGCCGAGUGGCGAUCUAUCACCCACAUCUCCAUCACUCAGUGGGCCGCGUUCACCCACUUCUCCGUUCUUCAAUGAGGAAGUGUCACCUCGCUCGCCUUCUUCUCCAUCUUUAAGUGAGUCAAUGUCACCUCGCUCGCCUUCUUCUCCAUCUUUAAGUGAGUCAAUGUCACCUCGCUCGCCUUCUUCUCCAUUUUUAAGUGAGUCAAUGUCACCUCGUUCUCCUCGAGAAUCAGUGUCCCCACGUUCGCCGACUACUCCUUCAAACAGUGGAACUGUUAGUAGCACAGAAGUAAAUAUUUUGAAGGCGAAUUCGACGCCAGUUGAGUCAGAACCAGAUGGCUGGACUGUUGUGAAUGUUAACCGUGGUUCUCCGACAACACAAAGCCCCUUGUCAGGUUCCUUCGAGAACGAAAAACCAUCGGUAUCUCCGAAACCAAAACCAGUACCGCCUGUCAAACCAAAACCGAAAUCCCCAGUUCCUGAUCGCGUUAAUUCUGGCAAAAACUUUACCUUCUCGGUCAAAACCCCAAGUGAACUUGUCAACAGUAAUAAAGAAGAGAAGCCAAAGGCAGCCGAGGCAGAGGGCGUCAUUAAGAUUGAGAAAACGUACAGUGACUAUGCAGAGGUUUUUAGUAGUGAUUCCGAAAGGAAAAUAGUUGUCACCUCUUCCGCUACUGGCGGUGUGAAAAGUAGGUUGUCAAUGUUCGAAGGCGGAGGACCCGUCAAACCACCAGUUUACGCUAAACCAGAUCUGUGUCGAAAGAAAGCAGUGGUCAAAAAACCCGAGGAAAGUAACAAUGUAUUUAUAGCUGUUGAAAAUUCGAAGACCGAGGAGAAGUCUGAAGAACCUCCGGCGCUUCCUGGUCGCCAUUAUACUGCAGAAGAUAUGGAAGAAAUGGAACUUCCCACAGUUAAUUCACCUUCGCAAGACUUAGUGGAAGGUACUUACGAGGUUGUAGAACCUCGAAGUAAUAUAAAACCUUCGUCUGUAGCACUACAGAAAAGGCCUCUCCCUUCGGCGCCACCUGUUAACAAGCGUAUUGAAAGCAGGAAGGAUAUGCCACCUGCGCCGCCAAGCCCUUUCAAGGACAGGAUACCCCCUCCGCCAGUACGCAAUGUUAGCCUUUCUAGCGCAUCAAUUCCAUCUAAAGAAAAAUCGGACCCCAUUUACUCAGAAGUUCAAGUGGGUCGAGGCAGCCCAUCAGUUGCAAGCGAAAGCCUGUACUCUAAAGUUGAAGAUACUAGGGGGACAUCAGUUACAAGCGAAAGCCCCUACUCGGAAGUUGAGGACACUAGAAGGACAUCAGUUACAAGCGAAAGCCCCUACUCGGAAGUUGAGGACACUAGUUGGUCACCCGAAGUCUCGAGAAAGGCCAUGGAGGUUGAGGCGUAUUACACUACGGAUGUCGUUCGUAAUUUACCCACGAAGGCUGGAGAAGUGCAAAAGCGUGGGCCCCCAUCUAUGCCUGCACCCUAUAGACAGAAGAAAACUAAAGAAGGUGAGCCGCUCGUGGCCACCAAGGCCCCAGCCAAACCAGCCCCUUAUCGACCGAAGAGUAUGCCAGAAAAUCUAUCGCAUACAACCCCCUCCACAAGUAGGGAACAAGUUACGUCACGGGGAUCUCUCGAUUCUCCGCGUCACCCUGUUGUUGUACCUGGCUCUCCAAGGCUCCACACUGCUAGGCUUGUUUUCGACUCCUCAUCUUCCUCGGUUUCUUCCUCUCCUGCGCUGGACAGCCCCCCGAAAUUUAAACCACCUCCUCCUCCACGUUUAUCAUCUGUGGCAGAUUCUACGAAGGAAGAGGCAACUUUCGAAGCACGUGUGGCGAAUGUUAGCUUUCCUUCUCCGGUUAAUGGUCUUGCGGAACAAGAGGACAGCAGUGAAAUUCCUACUCGAGAUGUUGAUGCUUCAUUGGCUUCUUCCAAACCGUUUCCGCAGCCAAAACCUGAUAUCAAAACAAAAUCGAACCACGUCAACAAAGAGACUGCACCGCCGAACAUUAAACCUCCGCCACCUCCGAAGAUAUCGUCUUUGGCUCCCAGAGCUUUUGGUGUUAAAUCCGAAAUAAAUACCACUGAUCGUGACGGAACUGAAACACGAAACGGUGUAGAUUCUUCAGGGAUGAUUCCUCCACCUCCUUUGGCCUGGCUAGACGGUAAAAAUGAGCGAUCCGCGUCUACGACUAGCGUAGAUUCGUUAGACCUUAAAAUUGUUCCUCCACCACCCAUGCAUUUCAAAGAGCUUGAUCUAGUUGAAGUUCAAGCUAUUGCUCCACCAUUUGGAUGGCAAGAGAGAACUGACAAAAAUGGGAAUUUCAGAGCGCCGAAAGAAAGCUCUGCAAAAACUGCUAAGGCACCUGACUUUGAUUUUCCCAUUGUUCCCCCUCCCCCUCCCCCGAGUGGACCUCCUCCGAUGCUGCCAGUGAGCGGAGCGGUUGACAACGACUUGGACUUGGUGCCCUCGCUUUUGUCUAACGGAUCAGGAGAUUUUAGCCUUAAUCUUGAGGAUAUUCUCGGAGAUCCUGAUAACUCUCUUACAUUGACAUCGGAUCAUUACUAUGGGGCCUCAGACGAUGAGGAUUCCUUGCCACCUGCUCCUCUACCCCCAGGGGAGCGCUAUUUUGGCGUACCACCUCCUCCUGGGGAUGCAAUAAUGAAACCUCUGGUACCUCCACUGAGGAAGCAAAGAUAGCACUCUCUGAUGCCGAAGAAGCCAAAGUUCUGGAAUACUUAACCUUAAUAAGAUAGGCACUGUGUGGAAAUUAUGUCCACCACGAAUGGAUUUAAAAGCCCAUAAAAGUCCAUAAUCCGGCCUUAAGUGCUCCUCGAAUGAAAAAAGAACGAUUGCAUAGUUAUAUUUAAGGGAUAAGCUAAGAGUUCAUAAGGAUAGGCGAGCACGUUUCACGCUCGGUACAUUUCUUGUUGCUUCUGUUUGGUUGCUACUUAAAUAAUCGAAGUGGAAACCGCACGCCCAUGCAACUCAACGAGACUUGAUGUGAAGGAAUCAAGGGUAACUGUUUUCAAGUAAUUGUCACAGAGCUUGCAGAUUUUUGCAAGCCUGUUUUCUGCUGAUUACCGUCUUUGAAAUACUACUUUUGCCGACAAGUGGUAAAAUCUUGCAGUAGACCAAUUAACUUAUUUGAAUGUCCCGGAGUGAGCUUUACUUUGAGUGUGGACGCAAAAACGUGCUUCUAAAAAUAGCAACAAAACAGGGACUGGGAUCCAAAAGAAGAAAGGUGUAAAAAAAAGUAGUGACUCGUAAUUCAGCUGUAAUUUGCUUAAUUACGAUGUGGUGCUUUUCUAAGAGGUUAUUAGUAAAACAAGAAUUUAAUUGUAGGUUUUUUAUUCUUGGCGCGAUGCAGCUUUUUAUAAUUAUGCGUAUUUAUGCUAUAAGAAUAUAGUUAUUAGUUAUUUGUAUUAGUCGAGGAUAAACGAUUGAAUUUAGUUGCAUUCAAAACUAAGUAAUUUUAGGACCUCUUGUUUAGCAUUUGGAGCAGAAGUUUUCUAGAAAACGUUUACAGUAUUGUAAGCUUAAUCUGGCGGUAACUAAGGUUAUCUAGGAUAUAGAUGUGAACUUCCACCACUUAAGUACACUAACAAACUCCUCAGUGCCCUUUAUAGACUGUGUCGUUUAAAUCAGAGUAAAUUCUAUUGUACAGUUAAUUCUAACUUGUAAAUACCCAGAGGUGUGCAGAGCUUAUUUUCUAACAUUUAUACAAAGUGUGAAUUUUUUUGGCAAAUAAAUGAUGUUCCGGCGGAAAGUUUUCUUUAUUUAGCAUUAAUAAAAGGAAAAAAAAUAUAUGUUUAGCUUGUAAAAAAAGGUUGCAACAAAGUAACGUCGACG